CUCUCCCUUCGUCUAGAUUAAUAGUGUUUAAUUUAUUGUCUAUAUUUUCUAGAACUUUUUAGUUUUUUAAAUGGAAGUUAAGGAGUUUUGGGUUUGCCUCGCCAUUGUUAUUUUGAGAUGUAUUUCUUGCGAAUGUAUACUCCUGAUAGUACCAGAAGAUGUCUCGACGGGUCUGGCAGCUGUAUAUGGCUUCUCACCGAGGUUUAUUAAGGGAAACGAUCAUCGCGUUGGAUUCGGAUUCCAAUUUGGUAACCAUGCCGAUUUUCAAGUGCUGUACGAAUUCGGCCCACAAGUAUACACGAAGCCCUUGAAGCCAAUCAGUAAGUAA